AAACAGAAGGCGAAGAAAAAUGAGGAACCGCCAUACGAAACCUUGGGAUUUUAGAAUUUCUCCAUCUCUCCUUCUCUCCUCCUCCUUAUAAAUAAGACUAGUAAAUAAAAAAGUAAGAAAUAGCAAAGCAAAAACGCAGCAGUUGAAGAAAUAUUUACAAGAAGAAGCGCUUCCCCUUCCCCCCUUGUUUAUAAUAAAAAGAUUGUAAGACUGAUUUAUUAUUAGCGACCGAUUUCCCUCUCCUCUCCUCUCGUCUCUCUUCUUAUUUAUUUAUUUAUUUGUGAAUGUGUGUGAAGAAGUUUUGAGAGAGAGAGUUUUGAAUUUAAAACACAACAGCAGAAGCAGAAGCAGCAGCAAAUCAGUAACAAAAUUAAACAAAGCACCAAAUACGAAACCAGAUCUACUAUGGUCAUGACCGAGAGACCUUCCAAGCGGCUCAGGAGGAGGGUGACCGCUGAUCUCCCGGACUUUUUCACCUUCCCUCAGCCCCACAGCGAACUCGUUCCCCCACAGCCUUUCCGUGAGAACGUCCGCAGCUUCCUCAUUCGUCACGCGCACGUCACGUGCCCAUCCUCCUCGUUGUUCCCGUCCUUGGUCACCUCACAGAUCUCGCUCCGGGUCGGGCAUCCGGGCGACCCGACCGCCGUUCUUCCCUUGGACGUCGUCGAGGAGGACGUCACCCGCUCCAGACGAUCCGUCUACUGCGACCAGUGCCGAGUCGUUGGUUGGAGUGGGCAUCCGGUGUGCAAAAAACGCUACCAUUUCAUAAUAAGAAGAGGCGCUGGGACUUGCGAGACUGAGAUUCCCUUGCAGCAGCAGCAACAGCAACAACAAUACAACAACAACAACAAAAGUAACAACUGGUGCAAUUCUAUGAGUGCGACAAUGGAGGAGACGGAUGAUGUUGAAGAAUGGGCGUAUCUUCAACUUCAUGAUAAUACUCAUCUUCUCCAUGCCGUCAUUCACUCCAAUGGCUUUGCCCACCUUCUAACCCUCAACGGCAGACAAGGAGGCUCCACCCUUCUCUCUGGCCGUCACAUUUUGGACUUGUGGGAUAGGCUCUGUCAAACCCUCUCUGUCAGGAAAGUUAGUGUGAUGGAUGUUUCGAAGAAGUAUGGGAUGGAGUAUCGAUUGUUGCACACAAUCAUCAACGGCCGUUCUUGGUAUGGAGAUUGGGGCUAUGAAUUUGGUGCUGGGAGCUAUGCUCUCACUCAAGAUUCUUACCACAAAGCAGUGGAUACCCUGUCCAGCUUGCCUUUGCACCCAUUUCUAUUCCAACCAAGGAGACCCCGGACUCGCGUGCAGUCUGUUGUUGCUUUUUAUCAAUCUUUAUCCGAUACCCAACUCCCAACAAUCAAGGAUCUUUUUACAUACAUGUUGAGUCUAAUCCAUAGAUCCCGCAAGCCCACAUCAUGUAAGAAACCCCAGCAUCAAACUUCCAAUGCUUUAUGUGCGUGGACGGCCAAUGACGUUGAACAUGUGCAACAAGCUAUGAUCAAGCUACUGCUUGCAGCAGUUGGUGUUGGAGAGGAUAGCUGGGUGUCAAAGCGUGCCCUCAGGGCCGCAUUGUACAAGAGUUCCUCUCUGGAGCUUCUUGAUUACAGCCUUAAACACCUGGGAGGGAAGUUGGCAGCCAAUGGUAUGGUAGUUAAGGCCCGGUGCAGUCCCGCGUCAACUGAUGUAGAAUACAGGCUUGUGCCAUUGAUUAUUGGGAACGUUGAUGGAUCCGAGGAUUUGAAUUAUCCAUCGGAAGAGCAAAUCCUAUGUGACCUCAAAUUUUUAUAUGAUUCCAUUAUCCACCCUGACACCAUGCUAAGCUAUACACCUCAAGUGAUGAGAGAACGUGUUAUUGACGCAGCAACUAAGCUUCUCGAUUGCAAGCAAUUUGUGAAGGACUGCAUGCCUGAUAAAAUGGCAGCGGAAAGCUCCUUUGGCAUUCGCCUCUGGUGUCAUGUGGAGCUUUCAGAUGAACCCAAAGAUGAUUUUAUCCUGCCUCCAGAACUGAUUGUCUUGCCCUUGAAUGCAACUGUUGCUGACCUUAAAAGGGAAGCUACCAUAGCCUUCCAGGAAGUAUAUGCCAUGUUUAAGAGGUUUGAAGUUGAGGAAUUGCUUGAAUAUGGCUCUAUAAAUGAUUCAUUUACAGUGAAACUUCUGGUUGGAACAUGUGGCUCGAUUCGUUUAAAAGGGAGAUGCCCUGCAAAACAUGGGCUUAACCGUUUCCGGAUGGAGAGAGGACUUGAAAGCUGGACCGUUGAUUGCACAUGUGGGGCCAAGGAUGAUGAUGGGGAGAGGAUGUUAGCUUGUGAUACAUGUGGUGUUUGGCAGCACACAAGGUGUGCCGGGAUUCAUAGCUCUGAUGCUAUCCCCGCCAGGUUUGUUUGCAUGAGAUGUGUAAGCUCAUACCGCGAGAAAAGCCAAAACACCAAUGAUCCUGCCAAGGAAGCUAAUAUUAGUGCCCCUUUCUCCAACACAACUUGCAGAGCUAAGGCAUCUGCAACUGAUAGUCCCAGCGUUGCAUCUAACAUGAACAUGGCAUUUAGUGUACUUUGAUUGCAAUAUUAACCUUAUGUACAGUUGACAUUUGGUAGGUUUUUGAAGGGGGCAGAUUUUUUCACAUUUUGGGAGUUCCUUGCGAACUUUGCCUCCCAU